GUGAUGGAUUGAAGGAAUAAGUUACUCUUAGGUUUCAUAGAGGCGAGCUAGGUGGCUUGUUGCUCUCCAAGUUAUGUUUCAGCCUUUUUUGUUUCUAGGGCUGAUUUAAAGUUUUUUGAGAUCCUGCAACUCUGUUUGCAGGGAGGAAUUCAAUGUAGCCUCUGAAUCAGCCCAACUAGUUUCUUUUUACCAACCUUUCUGUUGAAUGUUGCUUGUCAUCCGAUGGAUAGCACUGUAGAUGCUUUAACCAAUGCAUAUCAGGAGUUUGUUGCUGCUGCAGCUGGUGUACUUGAAGCCAAUGAAGCUUCUGGAGGCCAGAAAACAGUAACAACAGAUGCUGCCUUAGAGAACUUUAAGCAGCGAUGGGAAUUGUUUAGGGUAGCUUGUGAUCAAGCAGAGGAGUUUGUGGAAUCUGUGAAACAAAGGAUUGGUUCGGAAUGCCUGGUGGAUGAGGCAACUGGUGCCGUUGCAGGGAGGACAGGCCAGGGUACCAGUACUGGUCUUCCACCUAUUAGUGCUGUACGGUUGGAACAGAUGAGUAAAGCUGUCCGGUGGCUUGUUAUUGAAUUGCAACAUGGUUCUGGAAGUACCAGUGCUGCAUCUCAUUCUCAUUCUAGUGUUCCGUUUGACACCAGAUUCUCUGAAGAUGCUCCACAAUAAGAAGAAUUCACAGGUUUGUAUGAUUUAAUAGCCAUUUUACCUAGCAAAGCUUUGAAUAAACUCUGAUUUUGGA